AUGUCUCCCACCAAAGAACCCUUCACCAUAACUGCCUCUCCAUCAACCGACAUCUGGCGCAAGCCUCCUACCACAGAUGUCUUCAAUGCACCCACCAACAUGGCUUCGGCAAUACCUCUCACCUCAUUCUUUUCUUCCAAGAUCACAUUUUCCCUCCCUUGCAAAUAUCGCUACGACCAAGGUGGCCUUCUUCUCCAUCUCACCAAAGCCGGUUCCAAAGAUCGCUGGCUGAAGACUGGAGUUGAGUUUUAUAAUGGCAAACCAUUUGUGAGCACUGUUGGAUGUGACAAUUUUGCGGAUUGGAGCAUCUAUCCGACAGGUCUUGAUCCGAGUGAAGACGUGGAGGUUACGGUUGAAGCGAGGAGAGAGGGGGACGAGAAUGGAAAAAGUCUUUGGGUUUAUUGGAUCAAGGGCGAAGAGAGAAUACCACUUAGAGAGGUGGCGUGGUUUUUUUCUGAUGAAGAUUGGGAUAUUGCAGUUGGGGCGAUGGCUUGUAGACCUGCUAAAGCUGAGGCUACUAACGGAGAGAGUUUAGAAGUCAAAUUUUGGGAUUUCGAAUUGAAACAGAAUUGA